CAACGGAAUGCUGGCGCUUCUUUUUAUUUAAGACAACAUGGGCCAAGUACAGGUGGUCAGUGAAAAGGAGGUGACUCUGCAAAACAUUCAGGAACUCUACCGCAAGUUUGCCAGCGAGUGUCCGAGUGGAAACCUGCACCUGCACGAGUUCAAGAAGAUCUUUGGCAGCAGCACCCCCUGCACAGAAGAGGAGUCAGCGUACAUGGAAAACGUGUUUCGAUCCUUCGACACAAAUAAGGACGGUAAACUGGACUUCAUGGAGUUCGUGGCCGCCGUGCAUCUGGUGUUUCGUGGAAAACUCGAGGACAAACUGAGAUGGUCUUUCAAAGUUUAUGACACAAAUGGAAAUGGCUGCCUGGACCGACAGGAAGUACGACACAUCCUCAAAAUCAUCAACAAGAUAAAGAGACACAACGAGCCGGAGGUCACUGAGAACAUCGACGACAUCUGCAACAGAAUAUUCGACCUGGUGGACAAGAACAAUGACAGUCAGAUUUCUCUGGAUGAAUUCAUAGAGGGAGCUGAAAAGGACCCGUGGGUGAUGGAGCAGCUCAAACUGGACAUCGCGCCCUGUGAUUGGUUCAUUGAGCAGCAGAGCAAACCCUAAGGACAAGGACACAAAGGGGUCGGGUUCAUGGGGGCUUUGCCCUGGUCCGCCACCCCUUCAGACACGCCCCUGUUGGCCUUCAGUGACGAGCUCUCGCCUUGUUUCCACACAGAAAUGUUCUUUCCACUUUUGUGCAUCAUGAGCGACCACUCGAGGAAACAAUCAUCUUGUUAUGUUCGAUCUGAGGGAGCGAGAGGUUCAGAGACUCAGGAGAACCUCCUCCAGCGCUGGACUGUGUGAAUCUUUCUUAUUUGUAUUUAUCCUUUAAGAUUAGCAGCAGAACCUUCCAUCAAAUCAGGUUUCAACCUGGUUUGAAACCUGGUUUCACCUCUUCUGGGAGAGAAGCCAUGUUGGCUCUGCACCAAGUGACAGGACACAGCUUCGUCUCAUGACUCAAGACAUCCUGUUGCUUCAGGGUGUUGUGUCUGUUCUUCUAGGACCUUGUGUUUCUCUAAAGUUCAUUGUGCUAAUUUGUCCCUGUGAGCUGAGUAGAUUUUUUUAAUUGACCAUGAGGUCACACACAGAAAAACAAACUGUAAUUCAGAUCAGUUCUGCACAUGGGAGCUUUCACCAUUUGGAUUUAGGUUGACUUACCGGUCUUAGCCUUUAAGGCUCCUUACUGAGCACUAUGACAAAGUGGUGACAGCUACAGGAGACAAUCACACAGACACUCACACCAUUGACUUUCUGUGAGGACUCACAUUAAAGCAACAUUUUCCCUCCUUGACUUCUAUUUGUUUCUCUGAGAUGUAAAAAAAAACAUCAA